AUGCCAGGCGAAACAGCAAAGCGCACAAAGCGCGAGGAGUACAAGAAGUCGCUGCAGACGGAGGAGCAGCAGGGCGCUAUGCCCAAGAAGAGGUUCUACAGGCAGCGCGCCCAUGCGAACCCCUUCUCAGAUCACUCGCUCACAUACCCCAAGAGCCCCGCAGACAUGGACUGGGCGAGUCUAUACCCCAUGUACGCCAAACAUCCCAAGAAAGAGACGGAAGAAGGGCAGAAUGAGUCACAUGAUCUCAGCAUAGAAGAGCAACUGGAAGCAAAUGCGAUAUCAAAGAACGUCGAAAUAGCAGACAUAGGAUGCGGUUUCGGCGGCCUACUCUUCGCCCUCGCACCCAAAUUCCCUGACACAUUGAUACUCGGCAUGGAAAUCCGCAUGUCAGUAACAGAAUACGUACAAGAAAAAGUCCGCGCCCUCCGCGUCCAAAACGCCUCAUCAUCGCAGCUCUACCAAAACACCUCCUGCAUCCGCGCCAACACGAUGAAAUUCCUGCCCAACUUCUUCCAAAAACACCAGUUAUCGAAGAUCUUUCUUUGUUUCCCGGACCCGCAUUUCAAACAGCGGAAACACAAGGCGCGCAUUGUGUCCUACACCCUUAACUCAGAAUACGCUUACGUAUUGAGGCCUGGGGGUGUGGUGUAUACGAUUACAGACGUGCAGGAUCUGCAUGAGUGGAUGAAGGGGCAUUUUGAGCGUCAUCCGUGUUUUGAGCGGGUGGAGAGGGUGUUUGAGGAGGGGAGCACGGUGGAUGGGGUUGAGGGCGUGGGCAUGGAUGAGUGUGUGAGGUUGAUGAGGAGUGAGACUGAGGAGGGGAAGAAGGUGGAGCGGAAUAAGGGAUUGAAGUUUGUGGCGUGCUUUAGGAGGAGGGAGGAUCCGGAGUGGCCGUGA